UAGCACUCAUUGCAGUUGCCAUGUCUGCCACACAGCUUCUCAAUCCCAAGGCUGAAUCCAGGAGACGAGGUGAAGCUCUCAAGGUCAAUAUCAGCGCCGGAGAGGGUCUUCAAGAUGUCUUAAAAUCAAACCUAGGCCCCUCGGGGACCAUUAAAAUGCUUGUUGAUGGAGCUGGCGGGAUCAAGCUUACAAAGGAUGGAAACGUACUGCUACGAGAAAUGCAAAUUCAAAAUCCUACUGCGGUUAUGAUCGCGAGAGCGGCUACGGCGCAGGACGAUAUCACAGGCGAUGGUACAACUUCCGUUGUUCUCUUGGUUGGAGAACUCCUCAAGCAAGCAGAUCGACAUAUAUCAGAGGGCCUCCACCCGCGUGUAAUAACGGAUGGAUAUGAAAUUGCUAAGAAUGAGACGCUAAAGUUUCUCGACUCCUUUAAGCUUGAACGAGAAAUCGAUAGAGAACUCCUGCUUUCCGUCGCCCGAACCUCGCUCUCAACGAAGCUCAAUAAAUCUUUGGCUGAACAUCUGACUCCAUCAAUCGUUGAUGCUGUCCUUGCUAUCUAUCGUGCUCCUCAGAAACCAGAUUUACACAUGAUUGAAAUUAUGAAAAUGCAACACCGCACCGCAUCAGAUACCCAACUUAUUCGCGGAUUGGCGUUGGACCAUGGAGCUAGACAUCCUGAUAUGCCGAAACGAGUGGAGAACGCAUUUAUACUAACCCUCAACGUUAGUCUCGAAUAUGAAAAAUCAGAAAUUAACUCUGGAUUCUACUAUUCAAGCGCAGAACAGAGAGAUAAGCUCGUCGAGAGCGAGCGGAAAUUCGUGGAUGCAAAGUUGAAAAAGAUUGUGGAAUUGAAGAAGCAAGUGUGUGGAAACGAUCCUAAGAAAGGUUUCGUCGUUAUCAACCAAAAAGGUAUCGAUCCACUGAGUUUGGAUGUUCUUGUCAAGAACGGGAUCUUUGCUCUACGACGAGCGAAGCGACGGAAUAUGGAACGACUUCAAUUGGUUUGCGGUGGUACCGCGCAAAAUAGCGUUGAUGACCUUACACCAGAUGUCCUCGGCUGGGCUGGUCUUGUAUACGAACAUCAACUUGGGGAGGAGAAGUAUACAUUUGUUGAGGAGGUUAAAGAUCCGAAAUCUGUCACACUCUUAAUCAAAGGACCAAAUCAGCAUACAAUUGCCCAAGUGACCGACGCCGUCCGUGAUGGCCUUCGAUCCGUGUAUAACACAAUAGUUGAUAAAUGUGUUGUCCCGGGUGCCGGUGCUUUCCAGGUUGCAUGUGCUGCUCAUUUGUCGUCUGAAUCUUUCAGAAAGACUCUCAAAGGCAAAACCAAAUGGGGUGUGGCUGCUUUCGCUGAUGCCCUUUUGAUCAUUCCGAAAACGCUUGCCGCAAAUUCCGGCCAUGAUAUUCAAGAAGCACUCGCAGCCUUGCAAGAUGAGGUUUCCGAGGGCAAUGUUGCAGGGCUUGACCUAGCGACGGGAGGGCCCAUGGACCCGGUUCAAGAGGGUGUGUUUGAUUCUUACAGAGUUUUGCGCAAUUGUGUGGCAUCAAGUGCUGGGAUCGCGUCAAACCUACUACUUUGCGAUGAGCUUCUCAAAGCCAGACAGAUGGGAAGACAGGGCGGUCCGGCAGGGAUGGAUGAGUAAUUCA